AUGGCCUAUAUUGGGAAACCACCAACUCUUAGUAGGCUCUCAGCUUCUCCACAAAAAUUAGGAGCCACAGCUGACAGGUAUGGUCCAAUCUUCACCGUAAGGCUUGGGGAGAAUCCAACUUUGGUAGUUAGCAGUUGGGAAUUGGCCAAGGAAUUGUUCACCAUCAAUGACCAGGCUGUGAGCUCUCGGCCACCUUUUACAGCAGCUAAAUACUUGAGCUACAACUUCGCCAUGUUUGCUUUUGCUCCACAAGGCGAUGUUGUUGCUGAUUUGAAGCAAUGGUUUGUAGGCUUAACUCUAAAUGCGAUUCUUAGGACGGUUGCAGGGAAGAGGUAUUAUGGUAGUGCUGUGGGUGAUAAUGAUAAAAUAAAAGCACAGCAAUGGCAGAAGGCUGUAAGGAAAUUUUUCAAGUAUUUAGGGAUUUUUGUUGUGAGGGACGCUCUACCUUUUCUUGGGUGGCUUGAUGUAGGUGGGCACGAGAAAGCCAUCAGGAGAACUGCAAAAGAAAUAGACAGUAUUCUGGAGGAAUGGUUGGAAGAGCGUAAGCGAAAAAGGCUUUUAGGCGAGGUUGAUCAAGCAGAGCAAGAUUUCAUGGACGUUAUGCUUUCGGUCCUUCAAGGCACUGAUCUUGCAGGUUAUGAUGCCGAUACAGUAAACAAAGCCACGUCCUUAGUAAGUUUAAUUCCCUCAUCUGUUUGA